AUGCGUAUGUAAAAUUUCAAAUGGUGUCAAAAGAACAUAAAUGUUUAGCAGAUAUUAUAAAAAAUACACAUGCCACGUUGCGGCGAGAAGCUCAAAAUUAUGGUCCUGAGAUCGCGUGGACGAGACACAUAAGUCGUAAAGAUAAUUUACAGAAAUAUGCAUCUUCUAUGCAGACAUUGGCAACUAUAUAUUGGAUGGAAAAUAACUUGAAUACUAGAAAUUCAACAUAUUGCAGACUAGAAUGGAUUAAAUUGCAAUGUGAAGAAUAUUUUCUGAAUGGAGGAAGACAGAAAUAUGACCUAAGAGAAGAAGAUAUUAAACUGAAAAUAAAUACAAGUAUUGUAGGAACUAAAGUUGCUACAAAUUGCAAUGUAAAUACUGAACAAAAGAAAAAUCAUACCUUGAAAUGUCUUCUUAACAAUGUCCAGAAAUCAAUUGAAAAAAUAUCACUGCUGGAUGUAGGCAGUUGUUAUAAUCCAUUUGAAACUGUAAAUAUAUUUGAAGUAACUGCAAUAGAUUUAAAUGGUAUACCAGACAAAGUUUUGUGUUGUGACUUUUUAAAUGUUCAAAUUGGACAAGAAACAAUAUUUUCUAAUGAUAAACAAGAAGUUUUGCAAUUAUCUGAAAAUUGUUUCCAAGUAGUUGUAUUUUCUUUAUUUUUGGAAUAUUUACCCUGUCCAAAACAAAGAUACUUAAGUUGCAGAAAAGCUUAUAAUUUAUUACAAUCUGGUGGUAUACUUUUUAUCAUAAGCCCUGAUUCAAAACAUGUUAAUGCAAAUGCUAAACUCAUGAAAUCAUGGAGAUAUGUCCUAAGUAAAUUAGGAUUUAUGAGAAUAAAGUACGAAAAAUUGCGACAUGUACAUUGUAUGAUAUUCAGAAAAUGCAAGUUUAAAGAGGUUGCAUCUAGGUGGGUGAAUUUACAAAAAUUGCCUCAGAAUGAUCCUUUAUAUUUACAUGAAACUUCAAUCUAUAUCCCGCAAGAUUUUCGAAAUGAAUCUAAUGAAAUUAAAAAACGAGAGGAAAAAGCAUAUGAUACGAAUGAAAUAAUGUCUAUGUUUAAUGAAUUACCUUUUACAUGA